AUGCUUCUCCAGCUUUCCCUCUGCCUCGUUGCCCUCACAUACUGCCCUAUAAGCGCACACGCUAGCCCCAUCCCCCCCGUGUUUCAGCGCAAGCGACACCUCCUCGAGAGUUCGCCUGUCGAAUCACAACAUAGCCUAUCUGUGGAGGCCAUCAUUGGUAUAGCCGCCAUAGCCGUAGCCAUAUUGGGAAUAGCGCUUCCUCUCCUUUGGCCUAGCGUGAGAUCCUGGCGUAACUCAUGGCCCCGUCGCUCCCGCUUCCGUCUCAGUUCCGCCAGCCGCAGUAAUCAGAACAUGAUAUUUCUCAGCCAUCCUCCCCAACGUGCGACUUCAUCACCACCACCACCACCACCGAUUCCCAGUCAUGCGAGCGCGGCAGCGAUACCCCGACCGCAACGCGCAAGAUACGAUAACUAUGAACAACAUCGCGAGUUGAUGCGACGCGCCUUGAUCUACUGA